CUCUGAUUUAUACCAACCCAAUAAUACAAAUACCACUUUUUCCCUGGGACAGUGGGUUGCAUAAUGAAGAUGUAACAAGUGCUUUCUAUUCGUUCUUUUUGUGCCCUUUAAUUUUUCCACUUUUGUAUGACUGGGGAAAUUCUCUCACAAGCUUGGAAGUUUUCUGAAUUUGCUCAAUAAUACUACGUAUAAGCCUAUACUUUUUUCUUGAUUGGCUCAUCAAAAAACUCAUGUGUACGUGUACCUGUUGCAUGCCCUUGAUGAAGUCUUUCAAGGAGUCCACUGGCCCUAUAAAUAUGUGGCAACCCCUCACUUCUUUCUCUUAAAUAUAAUCAUCAUCAUCAUCAUCAUCAUCAGUACAAAAUUAAGGGAAAAAGCAGAGCAAGCAGGAGAAGAAAAAUGGAGGGGAAAUGGAGUUUUAGGGCUAAUUUCUGGGAGAAUGUUAGGCCUUACAUAGCCAUGGUUUGUCUGCAAUUUGGGUAUGCUGGAAUGACUAUAAUAACCAAAGUUUCACUGAAUAAGGGCAUGAGCCAUUAUGUCUUGGUUGUUUAUAGACAUGCCUUUGCCACUGCUGUCAUUGCUCCCUUUGCUAUUCUUCUUGAAAGGAAAGUGAGGCCAAAGAUGACUUUCCCAAUUUUCAUGCAAAUAUUUGUAUUGGGCCUUCUAGGGCCAGUGAUUGAUCAAAACUUCUUCUAUGCUGGACUGAAAUAUACAUCCCCAACUUUCGCGUGUGCCAUGAGCAACAUUCUACCCGCAAUGACCUUUGUCAUGGCGGUAAUCUUCAAGAUGGAAAAGGUGAACAUAAAGAAGGUGAGAUGCCAAGCAAAGGUUGUGGGAACACUUGUGACAGUUGGAGGAGCCAUGCUAAUGACAUUAUACAAAGGCAGUGUGAUUAACCUUUUCUGGUCCAACCACAUACACUUACACAACCAAAAUUCCUCAACUGCCCCUGCAUCAUAUGAUAAGGAUUGGGUUAAGGGCUCAAUUCUCCUUAUCCUUGCUACUCUCGCUUGGGCUUCUUUCUUUGUCCUUCAGGCUUUUACGCUCAGGAAGUACAGUGCUCAGCUGUCUCUAACAUCAUUAGUAUGUUUCAUUGGAACACUGCAAUCUAUUGCAGUGACUUUUGUGGUGGAGCACAAAAUCUCUGUUUGGAGCAUUGGAUGGGACGUAAAUCUGCUUGCCGCUGCUUAUGCUGGUAUAAUUUCUUCAGGAAUUGCAUACUAUGUGCAAGGUGUGGUGAUGCAGAAAAGAGGGCCUGUCUUUGUGACAGCAUUCAAUCCACUGAUGAUGGUCAUUGUUGCAGUCAUGGGAUCCUUAAUACUGGCUGAGAAAAUCUAUGUUGGAGGGGCUCUUGGAGCAGCAUUGAUUGUGAUCGGAUUAUACGGUGUAUUGUGGGGAAAAUACAAAGAAUGCAAGGAGAAGGAAACAGAACAAACUCAAGAAGCUGAUAAGGGUAUUAAUGCAGGGAAAAAUAAUGAUGCAAAAAUGGUGGUGAUCAUUGAAGAAGGUGAAGAAAAUGACAUUGAAAUGCAGAAGAAAUCUCCUUCAGUAAUAGCUAUUUCUCCUAACAAUUCACAACCCCCCAUGAUGGCUAGGGAAGCUCCAACGCCCUAACUUAAUUUUUAGAAAUAAACGAAAACAAAUCGAGGAAGGCUUUUUAUUUUAUUUUAACUCGAGCGUUUUAGUUUUAAACUUCUUUUCUUCCUUUUGUAAAGUUGCUAUGUGACAUCUUCUACGAGAAAAGUUUUUUUUCCCAUGGGUUUUAAAUAUUCCACAAAGUAAUGUUAUUGUGACAUAUUAUGCUUACAAUUUAGGUAGAAUCUGUGGGUAAUUAGAAAAAAUGUUGCAAUGUACCGA